AUGAGUGCCAAGCCUCUGUGGAUAUAUAAGAGAAACCUUCAAGAGGCAUUUCAGAGUUACAGGGAAGAAGCUGAAGAAAAGGAAUUCACCCAGCGCGGUCAGACAGAAACCGAACCAACCAUGAUUCUCCUCCCUGCCAUUCCCUUCUCCGGCUUUCUCCUAGCCUGCGUCUUCAUGAAAAGCUGUUUGGCUUUCAAGAAUGAUGCCACAGAGAUCCUUUAUACACAUGUGGUCAAACCUGUUCCAGCGAGCCCUAGCAGCAACAGCACGCUGAACCAAGCCAGAAACGGAGGCAGGCAUUACGGCAACACUGGAUUAGAUCGUAACAAUCGCGUUCAAGUUGGCUGCCGGGAACUGAGAUCCACCAAGUACAUUUCAGAUGGGCAGUGUACCAGUAUAAAUCCUUUGAAAGAGCUUGUGUGUGCUGGUGAGUGCCUCCCUUUGCCAGUGCUCCCCAACUGGAUUGGAGGAGGUUAUGGAACCAAGUACUGGAGCAGAAGGAGCUCCCAAGAGUGGAGAUGUGUCAAUGACAAAACUCGCACACAGAGGAUCCAGCUCCAGUGUCAAGACGGAAGUACAAGAACCUACAAAAUAACAGUGGUCACGGCCUGUAAAUGCAAGAGGUACACCAGGCAGCACAACGAGUCCAGCCAUAAUUUUGAGGGAACCUCUCAGGCAAAGCCCACCCAGCAUCACAAAGAGAGAAAAAGAGCCAGUAAAUCCAGCAAGCACAGCUCAAGUUAG